CUAUCUCUUAAUGAACACCGCUUAAAUUUUAAAAAACACACAUAGACGCCGAACGGCGAGGACGCGCGGUCAAACCAGAACAGUUGAAAUACCAUGGAUUGAGGAUUUGUCUGCUGUUUAAACCUACAUCAAAGGAUGGAUAAUAUGCAUGCGAUACUUUUUACGUUUUUGUUACUUUUCAACAUUCAACAGACAAAUGCAGUUGCUACUUCUUUGGAGGUUGCAGCGGGCGAGACAAACUUGAUUCAGUUACAACAAGGAGGUUCGGUUGAGGUAAAUCUUGUGUACGAAGCCACCGAUACGGCAACAUAUACUUUCGAAGCCAGUCUUGAUACUGGGACAGUUUUUGCCACCUCUGGUGCAACAACAGACAACACUCUGAAAACUAUUCGGUACACAAUAACUCCUAGUUUCGUCACCGAUGGAUGGGGAACGUAUCUGCUGAACUUCACCCUCGAUGAUGGGUCUUCAGGGGUAGAUGUCUACAAGGAGGUUGUGCUAUUUUACGAAGAGGCGAUUACAGGAUUUCAGAUAUCAACCUCGAACACCUUUCUGGCUCUAGAUGAAGUAUCGUCAUUCACUGCUACGUUUGCAUCUGGUUCCAAUGUUGAAACAGAAUGGUUUUUAGACACAAAUGAUACGUGUCUGAUGCAACACACGGGAAGCGGCGCACGUGACUACGUUCUUAAUUUUACAUUUACCGUAAGCGGUACCCACAAUGUUACGGCCGUGGCGGCUAACACAGUAUCAAGAACGUUUCACUCAAUUAUUGUGGAGGGUAUUUACAAGAUCAGCGGUAUAACUGUAACGACAUCAAGUACAGCUAUUGGAACAAAUGAACAGUCCAAUUUUACAAUCACUCUAGCCAAUACCGUCAAUUUACCUCUAGGUGGGUUAAAAGUUAAUGUAACCUUCGGUGAUGGAUCCACCGAUCAAACUGUGGAUUUGUCGACGGAAAUAACUGCAAUGCAAGGUGCUGGACACAUCAUUCAACAUUCCUAUGCAACUCAAGGAAACUAUACAGCUACUCUGGUAUUCUAUAACGAGGUAGGCUCAUUAACAGUCACUAAGGAAGUAUAUAUUUGGGACCAACUUUCGGUAACAUUAAGUUCAGCUUUCUCGUGUGAAGCCGGCCAAGCACUGGCGUUUGACUUUGUUUCACCACCAAGUUCAAGUUUUCAAUUUUCUAUAUCAUAUGGAGAUGGUAACUUGUAUGAGAUAACAGAUGCUGAUUUGAGUCAGUCGUAUUCAUUUUCACCUUGGAACCAUACAUACAACAGCUCGGGGACUUUUAAUGUCACUAUGACUGCAUGGAAUCCGUUUUACGUCAGUGUUUGUUCUUACGAAGUGAUGGCUCAGGCCGCUUUAUUGCCCGAUAAUACAACAUUGACACCCCUCUCUGACGAGAUUCCCUACCCAGACGGUGUAGUCAACUUUACCUUACUCGUGACUGUUGACGCGCCUACACCAACCGCAGUGUUGUGUACUUUUGACUAUGGUGAUUCUACUGCUAUGGAUGUGAACGAAAGCACUGCCUUUGACUAUAACGUACCUGUUAUCAAACCUCACACAUAUACCACAGGAGGAACAUUUACCUUUUCAGUUAUUUGUUCCAAUAUGAUAAGUACCAUGCAGAAGACAGCCACGAUAGUUGUACGGACAUUUACUGUGCAGGACUUUGGAAUCGAAGUUUCAAAUCCAUUUCCCAUGAAUAUGACAACAGAAGCAUUUACCCCUACAACGGAAUACCGACAUCCUGUGAAAGCUGUACCAGUCCCUACAGAGGUAAUAUUCACCGUCACCUUAUUCGGCUGUUCAAGAAUGCCCCCAAAUAUAACGGCCUCUUGGAAUUUUGGUGACGGUACAGCUGUAUCCCAUCUACAAUCGACGUUAGAUGAACAUCAUACAUACAGCGUCAGGGAAAGUGUACCCGUAAGUGUUGUGCUUCAAACCGAUGAUGGACAAACAAAAACUAUUUCAAUAAAUCUUGUACUUGGAGUCACUAAUUUUAUCUCUAACGUCAAAGCAGCAGCUGUUACUACAGGCGUUUUUACAGUAACCGCUACGGGUAUGCCAGGAUCACCUACUUACGACUUUGAUUUCGAUUCUUCCGACACUCCAACUUGCAGUGGUGGCCAAUGUACAAUUUCUUACAGCGAGUAUGGUUCAUAUUUACCAAAGGUCACUGCAACAAAUGGUAGUUUAAUAGAGAUUGUUUACCUCUCUGAACUUCUGUCGGCCGACUAUGAUAUAACCGGCAAUCUUGCUAUUGAAUUCAGCAAUACAACAGUUAUGCUACCUCCUGGUACUGUCACAAUAACCAUCACUUCAGCCAAUGGUGCGUCUUUUCCGUAUGUCACAUGCAGUUUGCUCUCUGGUGAUUUGAUUGAUAAUUCGCUGCACGUUCGGGUGCACAAUAUAACUUCAACUUCGCCUAUGAUUUUCCCCUACACUUAUCAAACUCUUGGAAACCAUAGUUUAUCUGCGAAUUGUUCUAAUAAUUUGGCAACCAUUCCUAUUACGAACAGCAUAUAUGCACAAAACCCAUGCUUUACGAAAAAUGGAAUAUUUGACCGACAGUAUUCAGUUGUAUCCAAUCCUAUGAAAGUUUACACGUCACAGGAUGUGUAUCUGUCAAGCAGAAUGGGAGUAAUUUGCAUAGAUAAAACAGCCGGUUUCCAGUGGGAAAUUUUCUCUAAUUACACUAGUGACGUAAACAAGACGCCUUUUCCAUAUACUAAUCCUAUCAAUCCAUCUAAAGGCACGAUGCUUUUUCCACGGGGUAGAAUAGCGGAAGGUGUGUAUCUGGUCACUUUAAACGUUUCCCUGGAUGGAACAUGGAUCGAGGAACCGAUCUUCGUCCAGUUCGUCAAACCAGCGCCAUAUGCUUUUAUUGUGGACGGAUCGAAAAAGUUGGCUAGAAAGAUGGACGAGAUCAUUGAUAUCAAUGCCCUGGAUGAAUCAUAUGAUGCUGAGGGAGGAUUUGGAGUGAAUGGAAAUUUACAAUUCUCAUGGGAAUGCAUAACAGUAAAUACAUCGAAUUUAACAGCGUUAGAAAAAAUCGUACACAACAAUUAUACAAGCACAACCAUUGCCAUUGGAAACUGUGUUUUGGACGAAGGAGCCGUGGCAGGGAAGAAGAAACUGAACAUCACCAGCUUCCCCGGCUACGUGAUCAGCGUCACGGUCAGUGAUGGAAAGAAGGCCUCUCAAUUUACUCAGAUGUUAAGCGUUCUGGAGGGAGACCCUCCUAAUAUGAAAUUAGAGUGCAUCAUUAACUGCAAGGAGAAAUUAGCUAUCACCUCGAAAAUGAACGUGCUGGCGAAAUGUUUGGAUUGUACCGCUUCAGAGGUCCCGACAUAUUCCUGGAGUUUAGAGGAGUCGAUCAACGGAAUAUGGACCGCCAUUGAUUUGGCCUCUAAAACAGCAAACGGAAUAGAUAAUCAAGCAUUGGUGGUGAAGGAAAACACACUGGAUGCUGGUAAAAGAUAUGUGAUCAAGCUUACGACCACUUUGGACACGCGGUCGGGGCCCAGCACCGUGAUCAUGGACAUACGCACCAAUUAUCCGCCCUACAACGGCGUCUGCACAGUCACCCCCACGAAAGGCACAGCUUUGCAAGACAAGUUCAGCAUUGAAUGUUCGAACUGGAUAGACGAGGGUGUCUACAUGGAUCGAAACCUAACACGUGACAAGCAAAAUGGCGAACCUCUGACCUACCUGUAUGAAACUGUAACCAAAAGAAACUUAUCUACUGGGAUCGAAGACAUAAAAACCGAGGUGUUCCGGGGAGGUGAGAGCACCGUCAGUGAUGUCCCCUUACAAUUGGGAGAUCCAGCAUUCGACUACAAUGUCACCGUUCAAGUUCAUAUAUUUGAUAGGAUCGGGGAUAAGAGCACCUUUUCAACCGAAAUCAGGGUUAUUCCAAUGCCGAAUGUCACUCCAAACUCGAGUUCCGACACCGCCGCCAUCACCUCGCUCUUCCAGUCCUUUGAAUCGGCUUACAAUAUUACGAAUGCCGGUGGAAAUGAUAUGGGCGUGGUCAGGCUUAUCAGCUCAGUCUCCUCCUACAUCGUCGAUUCAACUGAGGGAGAUUCAACAGGAACUACGGAAGAGGACAUUUUGUCUGGCAGUACGUCGGUGACCUCUUCCACAACAAGUCCAGUGACGAAAUUAUACCAAGAGAAAACAACAGAAAUGACCAGCAUGCUUCUACAAACCGUCAGUUCCGACUCAACCACCACAAAGCAAUUCAGUCCGACAGACGUACAACAAAUCUCGUCUGCUCUGGAAUCUGUGACGCGGAACACAGCAUACAUCACCAGUGAUUCAGCAGUUGCCUCAACUUCAGUGGUCCAGGCAAUGAUGACAAGUAUGAAGAAUUCAUCCAUGGCUAAACCAUUUCCCGUGGAAAGCUUACAGAGCAUUCAAAGUUCUAUACAAAGUACUGCAAAGGUUUUGGAUAGUAUUUUGACGUCCAUGUUACCUGCUGCUGUAAUGGAUUUAACCGCUGAGAUCACAGUUGAAUCUAUCAUUGCUGAACUGACGGAUACACAAGAACAAGAAAAAACCCAGGCUGACCUUCUGGGAACUACAAUGACCCCAAUGACAACUGAGGAAAUCCGGACAAAGGCCGAACUUUUGUACAAAGUCAGAAUCGAAGAACAGCAAAAGCAACAACAACAGGCAGUCUUUGCACAGGAAAACAUAGGUAAAAUCGAAUCUGCAUUAUUGGACAUGCAAGCCGUCCUUUUGUUAACGCAAGAGGUUGGCGAAGGAGCAUCUCUUUUAUCACAAGGCGGCCUGAAAGUCAGUACUGAGAAAGUUACGAUCGCAAGUAUCAUGAACAGAACGGAGCAGCUUAUUAGUGGAAUCCAGCUCGACUUUGGAACCGACGGAAAUAGCUCUGGGGAUGGGAACCAGACAAUACUGGACGUGAAGAUUGCUGUUCAUGACAAGAACCCCUAUAUGUUCGGAUCUGACGCCUCCGCAGUGACAUCCCCCGUGACAUCCGUCAUGGUAAGCGGAGACAUUCGCCCGGAUGUGAAAUUCGACAACAAAAGAAGUGUACAGUAUCAGGAUUACAUACCGAAAAUGGACCCCAAUGAUCCGGAGAAAAUCAUUUACAUCUCAUUCAGGAUGGAAAACGAGGGGGACGUGGCCAUCGCCUACGUGAAACCACACAAUAUGGAUCCCAAUGUACAGAGCACGUGGUCUCUGUACACACUGUAUUUUGGUGAUCUGACGUAUCCAAAGUCCUCCUCCUACGACUUCUCUAAGACGUUAAGUACCGCUGACUGGACAGGAUACGGGUUUAAAUCUUUCAUCAGACAAGGACUGUGUAGUAAAGGAACGUGUUAUAUUGGCCUCAAACCCAUAGAAGUGGCAGACUACAGUUCGUUUGCUGUAAGAACCAGGAAAAAGCGUCAGGCGAUUUCAGCUACAACAGCCGCGCCGUUAGGUUCCACAAACUCCACUUUGCAAGCAGUUGACGCCAAUUUCAGUGUCAUCAUCGUGACGACGGGCUGCAGAGCGUGGGAUGCCCGCGCGAAGGCUUGGGUUUCUAAUGGCUGCACGGUCUUACCAAUGAGCACUCUUAAUGAGACAAUAUGCAGGUGCCCCAGCACCUCGUCAGGAAACAUUUUUGCGUCAACCUUCUACGUUCCCCCCAACAUGAUUGAUUUCAAUACCGUUUGGAGUAAAUUUGAUCCUUCUAAUGCAGCUGUUUAUGGCACCGUAAUCGCCCUUCUUGUGAUUUACGUCAUAGCAGCCAUCUUUCUACGUAGAGAGGACAAUAAGGAUGCAGAAAGGUGGGCUAUUCACUUCCUGGUGGACAGUGACGCCACUGAUGACUAUUUCUACAUGAUUACGGUUCAUACUGGUCUCAGACGUGGAGCAGGAACAAAAUCCGUGGUCAAUUUCGUCCUGGCGGGGGAGGAGGACGACUCCGGUGUACGAAUCCUCAGCGACGGCAUGAAAGAGGGUUUCAGUACUGGCAGUGUUAAGAAGUUCUUCAUGGGUACAAAAGAUUCUCUUGGUUCGCUAACUUACAUACGUGUCUGGCAUGACAAUUCCGGAUCUGGAGACACUCAAAACUGGUAUCUUAACAAAGUUGUGGUGGAUGACCCUCAGACCAACACGAGAUAUGUGUUCCUUUGUGACCGAUGGUUGGCAUUGGAUCAAGAUGAUGGACAGGUCGAACGGGUCGUUCCAGUUUGCGGAAGAGACAAUCUAGUGGCAUUCAGUACUCUAUUUUCCCAGCAUGCUCAAUUCAAUUUAACCGAAAACCACCUCUGGCUUUCUCUCAUGAUCCGCCCAGAAAGAAGUCCAUUCAGCAGACUCCAACGUUUAUCAUGUCUGUUGGCUCUCUUAUUCCUGACAAUGAUUGCGAACGCCAUGUUCUUUAAAUCCUCCUCUGAAGACCAAAACACCAACGAAGUCCAGAUUGGUUUCCUUCGCUUCUCUCUAUCCACUGUCUAUGUAUCUUUAAUCGGAAUAGCAUUGACUACACCUCCAAUCAUGUUUGUCACAAUGGCAUUCAAAAAGUGUAAACCGAAAAUGGAAAUAAACCACAAAAAUGAAAAAACAGCUGCAGACCUGAACGUAAAAGUCAAAAGAAAUAUGAAUGAAGGAUUGAAAAAGAGGGCUUUUAACGGCGAGGAUUUCUUCACCAAGGACCAUCUCCCAUUGCCCCACUGGAUUGCUUAUGUUGCCUGGGUUGUCGUGUGGUUAGCUGUCAUUACUUCUGCGUUUUUCCUCAUCCUAUAUAGUAUGGAAUGGGGGAAAUCUAAGGCCGAAGAAUGGCUCUCUUCUUUUUUCUUCUCCUUCUUUGAGUCCUUGAUUUGUGUCGAUCCAUUAAAGGUAAUAGUUAUCGCUGUCUUGCUUGCAAUGCUGUUUAAACAACCGGCAGAUGGCGAAACACCAGGGAUGGAUCUCAGCAAGUUAAAAUCAGCGGCCUCUCAAUAUAAUUCCGGCUCAGAACGCAGUUACAUGGCAUUCGUGAAUGGGAUAUUCAACAAAUCCGAACCUCCGCCUCAGUCAGAUCUGGAAAAGCUGAGGGCAAAAAGAAAGCAGGAACUCCGAGCACAGGAGGCGCUGAUGAACCUCAUCUUUUAUGCCAUUUUCAUGUUUAUCAUCUAUAGCAUCAGCUACAUUGAGCGCGACCAUAGAGCCUUUUUCAUGAAAUCCAAUUUAGAGAACUACCUCGUGGGCCAUGGCUAUGGACAGUUGGGUUUCUCCGGGAUCAACCAAACUAAAGACUUUUAUUCCUGGAUGGAUAAGACUUUCAUUCCAACUUACUACCCAGAAACGCAAUACUCGGGUGCCAGUCUGGGAGUUCAAGAUAAAAAGUACUUUGGGGACCUUUCAAGCAUUCGUGUAGGACCUGGACGACUUCGACAAGUCCGCAUGGGAAAGGGGGAAUGUUAUUACCAUAAACUGACUUGGCCUUACUACUGUGUUAACUACUACGACAUGUAUCAAGAGGAUGAGAAGGAGUACUGUCUUGGAUGGAAAACUUUCAAUGCUACUGCUUGCGACACAGCUGAAUACAAGGCCCUCUUCCAAACGUCGGAAGCCUGGCGAUUCACGAAAGCUAUUGAUAUUUGGGGUCUCCCAUUAACAGGCGAAUACAAUACGUACGGGGGAGGUGGUUACAUCCUUAAGUUACCGGCCAGCAGACUACAGGCCAAGAAUCUGAUGAGCGAACUGGAAACUUACAACUGGAUUGACAGGGGCACCCGCGCCAUCUUGGUGGAAUUUACUCUUUAUAACCCAAAUGUUAAUCUUUUUACUUAUGCAACGUACAUUACAGAAAUAACAGAAAUGGGCGGGUCUUUCACGUGGACCGAGACCAAUCCGUUUAGACCGAUAGUUUCACUGGAUGCAAUGGGAACCUUUGCCAUGAUUUGCUACUUUGUGUACAUUGUGUAUCAACUUAUUCUCACUUUCAAUACAUUCAAGGGAAUUCGAAAGGAUGGACUUUGCAAAUAUUAUAAAGUAACUUGGAACAUUGUGGAUACCGUCUGUUUGUUUCUGGGAUAUGCGGCUAUCACCAUCUUUAUUCUUAGACUGAUGUACACAAAUACAGCCAUGGACAAGUUUUACGACGACAAACUAACAGGAGAAAAUAAUUUCAUCAAUUUCUUUCAUAUUGUUGUUUGGGAUAUGGUAUUUAACAUCCUCAUGUCCAUUCUCGUGUUCAUUGCCACUCUGAGAAUACUUCGAAUCCUCGGUUAUAAUCAGAAGCUGACGGAAAUCAUAACCGUGGUCACCAAUGCCGCGCGAGAAAUCAUGGGAUUUGGUGUCGUCUUCGGUAUGGUGUUUGGAGGGUAUGUCAUAUUUGGGUAUCUUAUAUUCGGACGUACCCUUUACGAAUACAGAAGUAUUUUCACCUCUUGGGGAACUUUGACAAACGCCUUGAUUGGUAAAAACAGUCUGGACACCAUGAUCAUGGCAGCCCCACAGCUCGCGCAAUUUUACUACUUUACAUACGUAUUCUGUGUUCUCUUUACACUCAUCACAAUGUUUGCUGCCAUACUUAACAAAAGUAUCAACGAAGUCAGAAGCGACGCGGUGCAGAAAGGUGACAUGUUUGGUAUUGUUGAUAUGCUAACCAAGUCCUUAAAGGAUAUCAUUGGUAUUGCAUACAAAGCAGAUGUGCCCGUCUCCAAAAAUACGGAAGCAAAGAAAAAGUACAUGCAAAGCAUUCCUAUGAAUGCUAAGUUUGAUGCUCCAAACAUACUGAGACUGGUGCGCACUACCCUGGGCGAAGUCAACAACGGAGAGGAAUUUGAUGGAAUUCAACCUUCCAAGAUGGAAAAUAAGAUGGUAGAAUGGGUCAACAUACGGAAAACUACAACCCAGAAGAUCUUCUCUUAAACAACAUGGAUCCGCCCCCACAAAACCGAUCAUCCUCGAGAGCCGAGACUCCUGGAAACAUCAGUCUGGCUUUCAGUGACGCCAAGUGUUAAUCUGAAAGUGGAGUACAUUGCAAAUUGUUAAAUCUAUUAGAACUGUGUUUUUACUUCUAAAUGCAGAAAUGGCGACCAGUGUGAUACAGUUUACAGUUACACAAUGGUGAUGGUGAAAAAUUAUCUAAACGUCUCAAUUCGCCCUUUUUUUUUAAUUUUUGGGUGGUGUUUUUUUUUAUAUAGUUGAUUAGAUAUCUUUUCAAGAAAAAAAGUUUUUGUUUUGCAUAAAGGAUUUCACGAGAUUGAAUUUUGCAAUUAGGCCUAUUGUAAUUACUGAGCACUGAUUAAACUAAUGAAGCAAAAAGCUAGACAGAUCUCACUAGAAUUGUAUAUUGAAAAUAGUUUGUAUCAUGACUUCGUAGUUCAUAUACUACUGUAUAAGAUGAAUUUCACUUCUUUAACUUUCUUUUAUAUAAACAACAAAUAUAUUAAUAUAUUUUUGAAAAGUAUAAACCGUUCGCGUUCUGCGCGAGUUUCAUGAACAACGUGUAUAUAUAUAUAUAUAUAUAUAUAUAUAUAUAUAUAUAUUUAUUCUGAAUCCAGAUCUUGACGUUUAUUCUGCUGUUUGAACUAUCCCUGGAAUGUCCAUGUUGGUCAGACAUCACGUGUUACUUAUAUUAGUUUAUAAAUGUAUAUACUUGUUUUUACUCUGUUUUGGCCCAUAUGGGUCAAAUAUGCACUUGUGAUAAAAUUAUAUGUUAUAAAAUGUUUUCCGUCCAAUUCCCUGAAGUUUUGUACAGGGGGCUGUAUCGCUUCCUUUCUGAACACGUGUUUUUCUCCUCGUGUCAGUGGUUCGAUAUUUCAUCAGAAAAAAGACACACAUGUUUCUACAAAACCGUUGUAUUUUCUUUAUUAAUGUAAUAAAGACAAAAAACGCUUAAACUAUAAGUUUAUCUUUGAAUUAAAACAAGGGUUGUUGUUGGGAUUUUCCCCCCAAACCUCGCAAACCACUGAUAUGAUUGCUGAUAAACAUACGAAGUUUUUUGAGGGUGACAAUGACGGAAUUUUGAUAUAAUAAGUGUGCUCUAAAUAGAUUCGAAUAAAGAACACAUUCCUUGAC